AAUAAUAAUAAUAAUAAUAAUAAUAAUAAUAAUAAUAAUAAUAAUAAUAAUAAUAAUAAUAAUAAUAAUAAUAAUAAUAAUAAUAAUAAUAAUAAUAAUAAUAAUAAUAAUAAUAAUAAUAAUAAUAAUAAUAAUAAUAAUAAUAAUAAUAAUAAUAAUAAUAAUAAUAAUAAUAAUAAUAAUAAUAAUAAUAAUAAUAAUAAUAAUAAUAAUAAUAAUAAUAAUAAUAAUAAUAAUAAUAAUAAUAAUAAUAAUAAUAAUAAUAAUAAUAAUAAUAAUAAUAAUAAUAAUAAUAAUAAUAAUAAUAAUAAUAAUAAUAAUAAUAAUAAUAAUAAUAAUAAUAAUAAUAAUAAUAAUAAUAAUAAUAAUAAUAAUAAUAAUAAUAAUAAUAAUAAUAAUAAUAAUAAUAAUAAUAAUAAUAAUAAUAAUAAUAAUAAUAAUAAUAAUAAUAAUAAUAAUAAUAAUAAUAAUAAUAAUAAUAAUAAUAAUAAUAAUAAUAAUAAUAAUAAUAAUAAUAAUAAUAAUAAUAAUAAUAAUAAUAAUAAUAAUAAUAAUAAUAAUAAUAAUAAUAAUAAUAAUAAUAAUAAUAAUAAUAAUAAUAAUAAUAAUAAUAAUAAUAAUAAUAAUAAUAAUAAUAAUAAUAAUAAUAAUAAUAAUAAUAAUAAUAAUAAUAAUAAUAAUAAUAAUAAUAAUAAUAAUAAUAAUAAUAAUAAUAAUAAUAAUAAUAAU